AUGGUGACGAAGUUCUACCAGCACAUCCUUGCCCUGGUGUUUGCCAUCAAUGAGAUCAACGAGAAUCCCAAGAUCCUGUCCAAUGUCACUCUUGGGUCCCACAUCUAUGAUAGCCACUAUGAUAUGAAGAUGACCUACCGUGCUACUCUGGGCCUGCUCUUCAAGUCACACAGAUUUGUCCCCAACUAUAAAUGUGACACCCGGAAGAACCUCAUAGCUGUCAUUGGGGGACUUGGCUAUGAGACUUCUUUUCAUAUGGCGGACAUCUUAAGUCUUUACAAGAUUCCACAGCUGCACCUGAUUCUUCAAGGCCUUUCAUUUAAUAACUCAGCUGGAGAAAUGAUAUCUUUUGAUAAAUCCAGAGAGAGGAAAGCUGGAUUUGAUAUAAUGAAUCUGGUCACAUCUCCAAACAAGUCCUGCAGGAGUAUAAAGGUUGGAAGGGUGGAUCCCAACACUCUUGAAGGAAAAGAAUUCAUAAUUGAUGAAGAUAUGAUUGUAUGGCAAGCCAAAUUUAAACAGGUGCUACCUCUAUCUGUCUGCAAUGAUUUCUGUCCUCCUGGUUAUCAGAAGAAAAAGAAGGAAGGGGAGAAAUUUUGCUGCUAUGAGUGCAUUCCUUGCCCAGCAGGGAAGAUAUCAAACCAGAAGGAUGCGGAAGAUUGCAUCAAAUGUCCAGCAUAUCAAUAUCCAAGCAAGGAUAAAGAUGGAUGCAUUCCUAAAAAAUUAAGCUUCCUGUCUUUUGAAGAACCUCUAGGAAUUGGUCUGCUUUCACUUGGUCUUGCUCUGUCCCUGACCACAGCCUUAGUCUUAGGAACGUUCAUUAAACACAGAGGUACCCCCAUUGUCAAGGCCAACAACAAGGAUAUCACCUAUCUUCUCCUCAUAUCCCUUCUCUUCUGCUUCCUCUGCUCUUUGCUGUUCCUUGGAGAACCAAGCAAGAAGUCCUGCUUCCUCCGACAAUCUGUUUUUGGCAUUGUCUUCUCCGUGGCUGUGUCUUGUGUGUUGGCCAAAACCAUCACUGUGGUUGUAGCUUUCAUGGCCACCAAACCAGGGUCCGGCAUGAGGAAGUGGGUGGGGAAAAGGCUAGCCAACUCCAUAGUCCUUUCCUGCUCCUUCAUUCAAUCAGCCAUUUGUAUGACGUGGCUAGCAACCUCUCCCCCAUUUCCAGAUUUCGACAUGCAGUCUCUGACUUCAGAGAUUGUAGCUCAAUGUAAUGAAGGUUCUGCCACCAUGUUUUACAUUGUCCUGGGCUACAUGGGACUUCUGUCCUUCAUUAGCCUGAUUGUGGCUUUCCUUGCUAGGAAGUUGCCAGAUAGUUUCAACGAAGCCAAAUUCAUCACCUUCAGCAUGCUGAUCUUUUGCAGUGUUUGGGUGUCCUUUGUUCCAACGUACCUGAGCACCAAAGGAAAAUACAUGGUAGCCAUGGAGAUCUUCUCUAUCCUGGCCUCCAGUGCUGGCUUACUGGGCUGUAUAUUUUCUCCAAAGAUUUACGUUAUUGUCCUGAGACCUGAGCUGAACACAAAAGAGGAGAUAAUCAGGAGAAAGAAUUAA